AUGUCUGGAUUAAGAGAUGGCAUGUUGCUUGGAAUGGGAAAUCCCCUUCUCGAUAUUUCAUCCGUUGUUGACAACGAAUACUUGACAAAAAACGAUUUGGGACCUGAUAAUGCCAUUUUGGCUGAGGAAAAACACAUGCACAUUUUUAAAGAGCUUCAAGAAACGUACAAGGCUGAAUAUAUAGCCGGUGGAUCAGUACAAAACACUUUGAGGAUCUGUCAAUGGAUUUUGAAUCGUCCAAAUGUAGUUACGUUCUUUGGAUGUGUCGGAAAGGAUAAAAAUGCUGAAAUAUUGGAAGAAAAUGCUCGAUCUGAUGGAGUGAAUGUCGUGUACGAUAAAUGUGAUGAAGCAACUGGAUGUUGUGCUGUUUUAAUUACGGGCAAACAUCGUUCACUUAUUGCUCAUUUAGCAGCUGCCAAUCACUUCUCAAAAGAACAUGUCAUCAAGAAUUUCAAUUAUGUCGAGAAUGCUGAAUUUUAUUACAUUUCUGGAUUCUUUUUAACCGUCAGUCCAUCAUCAAUUAUGAUGGUUGCAGAAAAGGCACUCGAAUCAAAUAAAGUCUUAUUGAUGAAUCUCUCUGCACCUUUUAUAUCAAUAUUUUUUAAGGAUCCAUUAAUGCAAGUUAUGCCUUACAUCGACAUUUUAUUUGGAAAUGAGUCAGAAGCUCUAACAUUUGCAAAGGAGCAAGAUUUUGGAACCGAGAAUCUCAAAGAAAUUGGCUUUAAAAUGCUAAACUUACCAAAAGAAAAUAAGAAUAGGAAACGAGUAGUAAUCUUGACUCAAGGUCAUCAUCCAGUAAUGCUGUUCGAGGGUGAAACUGUUAGAGAAUUUCCAGUCGUCGAAUUACAGGAAUGCGAUAUUGUAGAUACAAAUGGUGCAGGCGAUGCUUUUGUUGGUGGAUUUAUAAGUCAAUUAGUCCAAGCAAAGUCAUAUGAUGACUGUAUAAAUACAGGAAUAAUUGCAGCACGUGAAAUCAUCAAGAGAUCUGGAUGUGCUACUGGUGGUGACUUUCCAUGCUUAAACUAA